AUCUGAGCCCUACUUUCCUGUGCCUCUCACGUUGGUCGUUUUUGGUCCAUGAUGCAGUACCAGUAUUUCCAACAGCAGUGAAAGCAGCAUUACGACUGACUGCGUGAGGCGUGUUUGGCCGGCAGGACAAGGACACACGGCUGGAAUGACAUUUGUGUAAGUUAGCUAAGUAACGCUUACUAGCUUGUUGCUAGCGUUAACCUACCAACAACUGUACAAAACCUGACCUCGUGAACCACUGCAUCUAGGCUGACUUCAGCGGGGUUUCGUCUGAAAAAGGUUUUUUUGAGAUAGAGAGACUGCUGCUGUUGCUGGGAAUCGACCAGAGUCAUAAGGUCCUGAGGAGACGCUCUGUGUGUUUGCGGUGUCCUGCUGCUGUGGGAGAUGGUCAGCAGGUGAAUGGCUGUGAGCAGAGGGGGCAUCGCCUUCUGGGUGGGUUGUGUCCUCAGCCACGGCAGAAGGCAACCCAUCAAAAAACUGAUCUGGAAUGAGGCGGUCUACUGUCAGUGGAUCUGUCAGACACGCCCCCUGAGCAGAGCAUCAUGGGCCCUGGCGCCGCCCAACAGUCUGAGAUAUCAGAACAUUAAGCAGCCGGUGCUGUCCCACCCGUUUCACCAUGCCAGCCAGCCUCAGAGAGGAGGUUACUGCGAGGAGGACUGGGAGGAGUCUGUCAGCGUGUGUGUGCUGGUGCGACAGGGUGAGUCAGACGGCCUCCACACCCUGCUGGAGAUCCCUCUGUCCGCUCACAAUAAACUAGGAGAGCUCCUCGUUCUGGGGACUCCCAACUCCUCUAAGUUGUCGUUCCCAUGGACCACAGUGGAAGGCAGCAGAGAGGAUGACAUCAGCGUUGACAGCUUCGAGGGAAACGGCGUUCAUGCUGUAAAAAGAGAACAUGGCUGUUUCAGAAGCCUGUUUGAAGCAGAGAGGUGUCCGGCACCGUUCAUGUACGGCUCUCACUUUUAUUGUUUCCAUUGCCCGGGCACAGAGCCGGUACCUGGCAGCGGGCUGAAAUCUAGGCAGGAUGUUGGACUUGACAGCAAGCCUGUGGAGCUGCCCCUGCUGUCUCCCACCUCACUGUGUAGCCAUGCAGAAAUAGCAGAGGGGGAGCGUACUGAAGGAGACAGUGAAAGGGAGGAGAAACUGGCCAUAAUGUAUGAAAGACUGAGGAUAGAGCUUCCAAGUUUCUUUAUGAAAAGCCAUGAUUACACCAUGUACUCAAAUGAUAUGGAAUUCAUCAACGGCCUCAUAAAUACCAAGACCAGAGGCCGUGUGGUGUACCAGCUCACCCUCUCCCUGUGGCGCCUCCUGUGUCUGUGUUACUACGCCAAGGCUCGGCUGGAGGUGCUGAAGCUCACCAAGCACAUGGAGGACGGGAGCAUUAAGGCUCGCUGGAGGAUCAAGGGCCUUCCCUUCUACUCUUUGCUGCUGCGCUUCUAUCGCAAAGACAAAUCUCACCUCUACAGGUCAUAUGAUGCAUUCUCUACUUUUUACAUCGGACAGGACGGACUCAUUCACUGUCAUAAAGUUGAAAAGGUGAUGCCGGCUGAGCCCCCUGUCCUGCCCAGAGUAACGUCUCUCCUGGCAGGGGCUCUGGUGGCGCUCGGGGUGCAGGAACAUCGACCUGCCCUCAACCUGCUGCCCCUCCUCCUGUCUUCGCUACGACAGAUCAGAAACUGACCCCAGGACGGUGAUGAGAGGAAUACUGGAAUCACCGGUGUGUCUAAGGUCCAUGUGACUCUGUAAAGUUGAAUUCAUUCUCAGCAUUAAAAUGGAGCUCUCUAUCCUAAAAUCUCUUAAUGUUGCCCCUGAAUUAAAUACAAAGUCAAGACUUUACACUGCUUUUCCUUUUUCUAAUUUUAGUUUAGCUAUUUGAAAUAAUGAAAGUGUUUAACCUGAACACAGAAUUGGGUUUUCAGGUCCAGGCGUCACAUGCUGUCAUCUCUGCCAGUCAGCCGCCAGCUGUUGUGUUUUUUUGUGUGUGCGUUUACUUAAAUUUUUUUCUCCAGAUUUUAAAACAGAAACUACUACGUAGACACCAGUCCUUAUAAAAACUAUUUGAAAUUUGAGGAUGUAAAACUGAAGACAACAUUAAACUGAGCCACAUUGCAGAUGUUGCCUAACAUCAGAACUGGGGCAGCCCUUGAAGAUGCACGUUUAUAAUAUAAAUGUAAUUAUUUAAAUAUAUAUUUUUGUGGCAUCAGAAAAUGGUUUGAGUUCCAGGGCUGAGAAAGAGUAACGUUAACACUGUGCUACAUUACAGAGAAAUACAAUAACGAGCCUUCACAAUACAUUUUAGAAGCGUACGCCGCAGCAAGCCGCCUGUUCACGACAGUGCUAACGGCAGUAAUGAUCCUGGCCGUGUCGGAAUAACAAGGAGACUGAACCUUUGUUGCUCCUGUUUGGAGUCGCUGUAAAUCACCUCUGUCAUAAUUUGUCUCCGUCGGUCUCCUGGGCUUUGUUCUCCUGCUGCAGCAUCACGCAUUUCAGACAUACUUACCAACCUUGAGACCUCCAAUAUCGGGAGUGGGGGCGGGGAGCACCAGCUUUCUUCUGCAUCACGUGCAUGCUAGGAAACGACAUUUGGGGCAGCUGUAUUGUUGUCCAGGUGGAAACAGUAGAGAGAGAGCUGUUGAGGGCUUACCAGAAACAGGAUGUGGCAAUGGAAAGGACAAAAAGUUAUGAAAGUUUUUCAUAAAUCAGGAAAAAUAUUGUGACCCCGGGAAGAAACUGGGAGAGGGCAAUGAAAAAUUGGAGUCUCCCAGUAAGAGUUCACAAGUAUAUAUUUCAGAUGGUGCUGCACCAUGACGCAUGCUUCCAAAUGAGCAAAUACCAAUUUACACUUCCCCCUCCUUUAGUUCUUGAUACAGUAAUGGGAAGUUAUUUUGGAUAAGUCUACGAGACCUAUUUGUGUAAACCACUGUUGCAUGAUGUUGUGUUUUUUUUGUUUUUUUUUUGGUUUUAGGUUCCGGUACGUUUUUGGUAGAGGAGGGAAAACAAGAAGCAAUUUUUUUUCAAUUAUUUAGAAAAAUGGAAACCUUUAACCGGAGCUCAUUGGCCAUAAUUCUUACUGUAACAGUCGCACAUGUCGCAUCGUAAGACGCUGAAUUCCCAAACAACUGCAGCUCGCGCCGGUUUCUACAGAGCAGACCUCAGAUCUGCAGCAGUAAACACUCCUGUAGCAUUAGUUCUUGCUUUGGCAGCAUCUGAAUCUGCAGUGAGAGGCUGAACACUGAUCAACCAUUCGAGUGAUGCCCAACUUCAGCUGAACAGUGUUGGCAUACCAUUUUCUCUAACUAACCCAUACAGUGGAUCUAAAUGUCACAGAGCGUCGUCCAGCUCUGGUCUUCUGGUCAUUCGGUGGCAGCCACACUGCUUGAGCUUCACUAACCUGGCUAACCGGGCUAAGCUGACGAGAAUGCUGUUAGACAAUGGCUGGUGUGCUGGCAAAACAUUCAGGGUAAAACUGGGAAUAACUGUUCCAAGUGUGUGAAUAGUAGACUGCAGGCUUACAGGCUCAUUCAGUCGUCUUUUCAUACUUGACAGUGAACUCUCUCCAUCUCUUUAUCUGCUAGGUGCAAAUUGUGGCAGUUUUAGCCACAUUUCCACCACCGGUCUGAUGUCCCUCCCACCUGUAGGCUUUGCCAGCAUCACUGUCACCAUGCUGUGUUUUCUUGGGAGUGUUGAUACAGUUUAUUACUACAGAAAUAGGAAUACAUGUGACAGAGGGCCUGGAGAGGAGCUGCGUCCAUUGUUGGGUUCUUGGUUAGUUACCUUUUAGAUGAAGGUAGUGAAUGAGCAGUUGAUAGUUGAUGUUAAAACAGCAGGACCACACUGUGACACAGAAGCAGCCAGUCUGUCACUAAUAUAAGUGAAACAAGCUCUAACUGGUUGCUGCUCAGUCACUGCAAGUGACUCAAUUGCCAAUAAAUGCGUUUUCACUUCUUUGGUUUUAGUUUUAGUAAAAUGUAAUACUUGUGAGGUUGAGGAGUAGUGGAGAGGUCCCAGUUCAGCAACAUUUGAGUAAACUAAAGACACAAAACAACAUCAGAGUUUAAAGGAUAAAGCUGAUGCUAUUCUGUAAUUGUGUUAUCUGCAAAUCCCAUGUGCUCACACACAACACUUGUUAGUAGAUAUAUUCACUGUUGGCUCUGUUCCUGUUUGGCUCUGCACAGAGGAUAUGUUGACAAGAAGAAAGAUAUGGACUUUUGUCAGACUUAUGCUUUAACCAUCAGCCACCCACAGGAUGUUAGUGUAGAACUAUCACACACCGUUAGCUCAGACUAUAAAAAGUGACAUUAUGAGUAUGUAGUAUUUAUAAUGAAAGGUUAGAUUCUACUCCAAAAAGUGUGUGUGUGUGUGUAUAUAUACACAAUAUAUAAUCACGACCAUAUAACUGAGACCUUAAAAAUACAGAGAUGCAAACCCAAAAGCUUUUAGUAAUGUAAAUAACACUGAAAAUCUGGAUCAGCAUGUUAGCAGGGUCGCUGUGUAGCCUUCUUUGUUUGAUCAAAUUUGGGCAAAAUAGUUUGUUUGACUUUGCGGUUAAUGGGUAAAGUGAUCUGUUUAACAGGCAGUCAGAGAGUAGCUCAGUAGCUGGGGACCACAAAGACCAUGUGCUUGGUGAAAUGCUGAAACAAGCUAAUUGAUUAUUUUACUGCCAACCAAAACUUGAAAAUGAAACAAUGGCUGCUUAGCUGGCACUGACUUAGUAUGAAUAUGGGGGUCAUAGACUAUACAGGAUGCUGAAUGCCCUUAACUGUCCUUUAGCAGAGACCUGACCUGUACUAAAUGUGACGUUGACGUAAUGCAUCCGUUUGUCAUUAAUGCUGCAGUAAAUGCAAAGGAAUCUGUGUAUGCAAGCAGUUUCUAUUCAACUUUUAAUUUGGUUGAAGUCGUACCUAAAUCAGUAGCCGUAAGUACUCAGCUUGAUAAUAUUUAGUGCUUCUUAAUACCAGACAAUAAAGCAUGCUGUAACUGUAGCUGUGGUUCUCUGGUGUCACAUCUGUAUGAACCAUGACUCGGCAGGUUCUGUGUAGCUUCAUUUCCACAUGUACUGCUGCAAUAACUCCUGUGUGAAUCCUGGUUGUGUGAAUAAAAUAAAGUUUAAAGAUUAAAAAUGA